CCCUGCACAAACGCCUCUUUGAAAACGAUCUCACCGCUACCUUCUCGAUCACUCACUACUCGAGUCGGCGUGAUGUCUUGACUCAGUUAGAUCUCGGAAUCCUGUGGCCGGAAAAUGAGCCAUCGUCCAUUGAGUCUUUCCACGUCCUAGCGGACAAGAUAGAUGGCAUCUCUCAGAAUGGACUCCGAAGAGGUGCCUCCUCGGUCACGCCCUUCGUCCUUCGAGCUCCUGAUUACUUGUAAUCCACCGAUUCUCCAGUCUCUCCUUGCUCAAGUACCUACGGAUACGAUCUUUCGUCUCUACCAGACGUCGUAUUGCCUUCGAGACUUCCUCACGAAAUCUCCUACGUCGUGGCGCUACAUAUCAUGGCGUUUGUACCAGCCUACGAUCUCAAAUGCUAUCGCCCCUGCGAACGGUGCUAUUGGACCACGCCAAUCGAGUAACUACGCCCUCGACCAAAUUCUCCUGAACAUUAUCAAUCCAUUCAGUACGAGACUAGUUAGCCUCGAAUUGGACAAUACCGCGGUUAGCGGAGCCACACUCACGUCGACCGUUUUGAUUCUGAGAAGGGAUACCCUGAGACAUGUGUCCGUCCGUGGAUGCAAGAAUGUGUCGUUGAAAUAUCAUAUCAAUCCCUGGCUGCAGAUGCACGCCCUGGCGCGAGAGUCUCAGUCUGCCCGAGGUCCAACCGGGUUUGAAACCCUUGCUCUAGAGAGUUUGUACACCUAUCGUUGCCGCCAUCAUAGACGCAGACCAUACCUGCCAAGCAGUCUAUCACGGAAGGAAAGCGACAGUGAACCUACCCAUGAAUUGGUUAAUACCUGCCACAAGCUGGGAAUUUGGACCGAUACUGCAUGGUGCACAACACCAGGAGCUCGCUGUUUCCGCCGCAGAGGCUAUGUAAAGAUGCGAAUGCCCCAAGGCACGAGAGAAGUUUGGGUGGUCUAUGAUCGUUUGUGGAGGAGUCGAAAUUGGUUGGGUCCGAUUGAUUCAUCAAGAUCUACUGGCUCAGCUCAGCCAAAGAAACGGCGGAUGGAUGGCCGAAGUUGGGAGUUCGAUGAGGAAGGUGUCAAUGGCGAGGCCAUUGGAGUCAACAGAGAAGGGAAAGCGACUCCAGCACAUCUACGCCAAACCCACAAAGCCUUUGUUGAAGACAUUGUAUGUCAUAACUGCUCUGUUGAAAUUCUAGAAAGAUGCGAGCAAUGCUCCGUCAUGAUGCACUGCACAGGAUGCAGGAAAACACUCUGUGCAAGCUGUGCAUUCGACCGACCGUAUCUACGGAAUAAAAACGCACCAGAGGAGGAACGGAACAAGUACUGGUGGGCACCAGGCUAUGCUGUGUCCCCUUGCACGAUGCAGGACCAGGACCAACCUGCCAAUGCAGCCAUUGGGGCUCAAAAUGCUGAUCCAAAUAUGCUGCCAAACAUAAAAUUCAGAUGGUGCUGCACCGAGCCCGUCUUCUCUGGUGGAGGAGGUAUCACCUUCGGUAAUACCAACAGUCGAGAAACGGACAAAAUUCGAGCAGCGCCUCUACCCAUAGGUAAGGGUUGGGAAGACCCAGAAUUUGGUCCCGAGCGGCCGGAUGUUGAAGACGAAUUAGUGCAACAAGGUCCCGGUGGUCGAUGGCCAUCGAUCGACAGCUUCUUCAAGACAGCCGAAGCUCUAGGCUCCAAUGAACCCCCCUCGUUUUCGAUACCUAGGGUUCUAUGCGAUGAGUGUUACAGUGCAGAGCACUGGAGACUGAAAUGCAAGGCCUGUGCAACGGCAUUAUGUCUGAAGCACGACAUCGGCGAUCGAAUGAAGACAAGGAUUUGUGGUUACAGAGAUGUCGUUGUUGAGCGGCAGGAUUUCAAGUCUCGACAAAAGGCAUUGAAACUGUUGGCCACUCUAGUACGACAUCGAAAGGAAAGACUAGCAGCAGAGAAGCCAGCAACAGAACAGGACCAGGCGAGCUCAAGUCUGAAGGGUCCGUCAUCCAGUCGAUUGACACCUACUCCGCAGCGACCGUCAACGUCCGAGAGCUUGACUUAUGGGACCGAAAGAGAGGAGGCUGUCGACACACCAGUUGUCGGACUUGAACAAACUUUGCGCGCUCACAGAGCCCCAUUAGCUGAGCUUGACCCAACACAUCGACCAUUGUCGCCAGCGUCGACCAGCACCGGACCAUUGUCGCGAUCCACAUCGCCAACACCUUCAUUCCACUCAACCCCUGCAACACCCGAGCCGUCUGCCAAUCCACUUCAUUCGGGGGAAGAUGAAGCGUCGGCAUUACCGCUGUGGCAAGGUUGCCAGGCCUUUUUCUGUCCGGCAACACGCGCGCCUGGUGAUCACAGACGUCGUUGUCCAGCCAUCAUGAAACAGUGCUUCGAGUGCAGAGUCAAUAUUUGCGGCGACUGUGUUAGCACUUUGGAGCCUCCAUGUCCUUGCAAAGGCUGCAGAGCUCACCAGACCGAAGAACAAGUCUCAUCACCCGAUCCUGCACCCUUGUUCUUUUGCCCAAACUGCCGCUGGGGAAGAAUGGAAUCCGGAAAGUGUAAGAGGAGAUCCGAAGCCUUCCUGAUUGCACAGUCUUCGUCGAGGAAAAUGAAAAAGAGGAGAGAUAGAAUACGCAAACCUGUUGAGGAACGGCGACUCGGUGGCCCCACCUCACUCGCAUCCACCGAGGAAGCAAUCGAUGGUCUCGUCGAUUUCUUUACCAGCUUACAUACCACCCCCAACCGUACAAACUCUCCUCAACCUCCUCCUGGAGAGAGUCGGCCGUCGGCGAGCAAUCAGCAGAACCCUCCACCUGCUGCAAACCGGCCGGCUUCAAUGCAAGCUCUGCUGACUUCUCUACCCAUGCCCACUGGCAUACCCAUGGGUACCCUUCAUGCUCAACACCAUCACCAUCAUCAUCACCAUCAUCGGCACAUCUUACCACCCCACUUGAAUGAAUUUCAAGAGUUGGAAGAUAUGGGCCUCCUGGCCCGAGAUUUGAUACGCAGGAUACAGCGACUGCGAGAUCAGUACAGGCCAGGUUCGCUAGCAGCAAUCGCGUUGCCAGACGUUCGAGUACAUCACAAUGGUAACAACGCGGCUGGACCGGCGGUUGCCCAAGCACCACCUCGUCCCCUGGCCAAUCCUCAACCGCGCCCGCAGCAGCAGAAUGGAAUUGCAGUUGCGGGCCCAGCGGAUCCAGUACAGAUGGGAAACAAUCAAGAAAUUGACGAUCGAGAAUCUGGGACCGAUGAAGAAGAAGAGGAUUGAAAUGAGACUUAUAGAGACUCUGGCAAAGUAAGCCAGUCCAAGUCAUGUCAUGACCCGACACGAAUUUAGUUUAUAGUAGUACUAGUAGCUAGGAGCUUUGCAGUUUUCGUUUUUCCAACUCUCUGAAUAGAGCGCUUCGAGAGAAUACUGACCAAAUGGUCGUAUGUCAGUGAAUCUGGGUACAUAUCGUUUGAUACCUGAUUAAUCACCACAAGUUCUCCGAAGCAUUUGUACAAGUGUAAACAACUUUUGGACACGUCGACGCAUCGUUCAGGGGUACUAUAUCAGGUAAGUAAGCCCACAUGGAUU